AUGUCGCUGCUUGUGUUGGACGAAACAGCAGGUGAUCUGCCAGUCCGAGACACCAACCAGAAGCCCUCCGUGAUUGCGGCUAUACAAGGUCAAAAUUUGGUUGGGGAGGAGUGGUUUUUUAGGGCAUUUGCUACAAUAGUUGUGUUGCUCACUCUGAAACUUUCAUAAACAGAACUGCAAAUGGAAUUCAGAUUCCGUGUCAGGAAAAGUUUAAUUCUGCAACCGGAAUAAAUUAUGUAAAUCUGCAUCGAUUUGAUCAUUUUGGGUUGUUAUUACCACAGUCAUGCAGAUGGGUAAACUUUGCAGGAUACUGAAAUUCCACCACUUCUUGACCCUUGAAUUUCCUGAUUUGUCCCCUCUUGUAUAUCUCAUUCAGUUUAAUCAUAUUUCGACAGUUUGUCUUUGCGGCCCAAAGGACUAGCAACUUUUCUUCCUUGCUUCCCCUGCUCGAGGAAGCUUCAAUUCCUUAAAGACUACAUUCUGACAUUUCCACAGUGCAAUACCGGAAAUUGAAGCGUUGAGUUAGGUGUCCUUUGCUGCACAGAUAAUAUUUGCAAAGAGUGCGGUGCAAUGUGAAACUCAGGUUGAAAUUCUCUCAGUUUCACAUACGGUCCUGCCUUUCCAAAACUUGAUGCAAACUCCCUUCAAGACGUUUGAGCUGCCUGCAAGCAGAGCAUGAAUAUGUAGGUGCAUAGUGAUGAAUUCAGGGCUAUAGCUCAGUAUGAGAGCAUCUGCUUUGCAUGCAAAAGGUUCCAGAGUCAAACCCUGGCAUCUUUAGGUAGGGCCAGGAGAGACUUCAGUCUGGAACCCGGAAGAGCAGUUGCUGGUCAAUGUAUAUAAAUGGUGCAAUUGUUUGGUUCAGCACAAGGCAGCUUCCUAUGUUGCUAUGUUUCUAGAAUUGGAAGGAACGGUCUUUGAAAAUAGGGCUCAGAAACUCCCUCGUAGCUGGACAGGCUAAGAGGGUAUGGCCCUAAAGGGUAAAGGGACCCCUGACCAUUAGAUCCAGUCACUGACGACUCUGGGGUUGUGGUGUUCAUCUCACUUUAUUGGCCAAGGGAGCCAGCGUACAGCUUCCAGGUCAUGUGGCCAGCAUGACUAAGCCGCUUCUGGCGAACCAGAGCAGCGCACGGAACGCCAUUUACCUUCCCGCCGGAGCGGUACCUAUUUAUCUACUUGCUCGUGCUUUUGAACUGGCAGGAGCAGGCACCAAGCAACAGGAGCUCACCCCAUCACAGGGAUUUGAACCUCCAACCUUCUGAUUGGCAAGCCCUAGUCUCUGUGAUUUUAACGCACAGCGCCACCUGCAUCCCUUUCCCUACAGGGUACCCUUAUGCAAAAAGAGGGUUGGUAAAUAAAGACAAACCCGCUUCCUUUUGUGGCAUGCCAAGAAGUAUAGGGGGGGGGGAAUAGUCUACCGUGCCAGUGGCAGCGCAAUACUUUCCUUGCCGUGGCUGCUGGCAACCCACAUUAGGACACUGUGCCCGCCAUCCCCAUCUCUGAGCUGUGCGAGAUUCCAGAGGUUCCAUUUGCUCACCCAGGAUUUGUGUUUCCUCCUGAGAAUAUGAGGCACAGCGGACGGACCCCGUGGUGUCUUUAGAAUAUAUGGUUUAUUUACACGUAGGUGCAACCUGAGUCCAUGCUGUACAGGAUCACAGCAUCAGCACCCCCAAAAAAGAUGUUGCUUUUCCCAUAGCCCCAGAAGCCUUGGAUUCCAGCAGAAAUCAGACAUGGUUCUCUUGCCUCCACCUUCUAGCUCACGUAACUCAAAACUCCUUUAUUUUUCUAACUAUCAGCAAGUUGAGGGAGAGAGGCUCCCACCCAUUUGUCAUCUGGCACAGAGUCGCUUCCUUUGUUAUCUUAACAACCCCUAUGUAGGUCAUUACCUCACCAGGAAGCUAGCCUGGCUAUUCCAGGAGUUUGAAUCCUUGCUUAGAUUACAACACUUGCUGGAUCCAGGAAUUUGAAGGAGGCUCCUGCAUAUAUCCUACCUGCCUCAAACUCUUAAUACUAUGUUGUUAUGCAGUGGGUUUGUCUGUGCAAUUCUUCUUCCCCCAGUCUCCCCCUCUCCAUGCAUAAACCCAUGUUCUUUAUGCAAGAAUGGCUUUAUCUAUUGAUAACUCUACUCUGUAUUGUUUUUAAUAUUUGGUUGGAAGCUGCCCAAAGUGGCUGGGGAAACCCAGCCAGAUGGGCGUGGUAUAAAUAAUAAAUUAUUAUUAAAUUAUUAUAUUAUUAUCUCCAUCUCCAAACCCCCUUUCCUCCAGAUGUGUCAUCUUCUGCUGUCCUCCCUGCCAAAUCCCAAGGGUUGAAAACAUGGAUGAAAGGUAGGCGAGGUCAUGAAAUUCACUGUCUUUAUGUGUCGUAUCAAACUUUUCACAUAACCACUCCCUCUAAUAGCAAACCGCAAUGGUUCGUGCCAAGAAAAAUUGAGAUGAAGCAGGACUACUGAGAAACAAGAUGGAAGUGUCCACCCGACUGGGGAACUUUGAGGUUUCUAGAAGUACAUAUUAACUAGGGUUGCCAUAUCUCAAAAAGUGAAAAUCCGGACAACAACGUUGUUGAAGCCUUUUUUGGCAAGUUUUUGAACUAUUUUUUAAAGAAGGUCACCUAAAACAACUCUGCCAACAUGGGUUGCCAUACGCCCAGAUUUUCCAGGACAUUUUCCCGAUUUCGGCCGGGACACUGCUUCCUACAGCGGUACUCAGGGUAUGUUCAGGAUAUUCCGGACAUAGGGCAACCCUAUAUUAACCCUCCCCCAACUGUCCAAUGAGAAUUAAGCAUGGUCAGCUGAGCACAGGAUGUUGAGUGUGUUGGAAAAGGAAAAGGGGAAACUGAGGCAACGAUGCCCUACUUCAGCUCUUUAUCGCUUAGAGUAUCAUUGAGGAGAACAUGGUUGGCCAACAAGAACCUUGUAUCCUUAUACAUAAUAAUUCUCAUUAUGAAGAGGGCUAGCAUUAUGUAGUAAGAGUGUUGGGCUAGGACUGGGGAGACCUAAGUUCAAAUCCUCCCACAACCAUGAAACUCACUGUGGUCUUAGGCCAAUCACUCUCACCAGAGCCAUUUUUUAGGAGCAGGCAGCCCAGGUGGCUACCUGGAGCCCUGGACUCUGCAGGGUGGAGUGCCUGGCCUAGUGCAACUAGAAGGUGAAACUUAAUUUUUGCAAAUGUAUUAAAAACCAUCCUCUUACAGCCAUGUUUGACCUCCACCCAAUACAUGGUUCUAUCUUCCCAACCUAGUUAACAUUUGCAGAAUCACCUCCAAAGGCCUGAAGACCAUCAUGAAUGAUGAAACCAUGAAAUCUACAAGAUUUCUGUAUGGGUGGAAACUUCUUCCUUUGUUUCCAGACCACAUAGCUGAUGAUGUUCUUCCCAAUUCUUUUGCUGCUCCCCAGCAUCAGGUUCACUGGCAAGGACUCGGCGCCAGAUAAACCGAGUGAACCGCACAGAGUUAGAGGACGGGUUCUUGCGACUUCACGAUGAAAAUCUCCUGCUCAAAGAGUUUGCCCGGAAGCAAGAGGACAGGAUCAAAAGGUAUCGGGAGUGACAGCUAUUAAUUAAAUUGUCGUCCGUUGUCAGAGUAUAUUAUUGUGUGUUGUCCAUUACUCACAAUCAACUGGCUGAUUGUUCAGUUAACAGGUGUUUUAAAUCUAAUGUCUUGAAGAAAUGACUAUAGUAAGCUAGAGUUCACACCCAAGACCAGCUUCAAUGUGCCAAACAGUAAUAAAAGAGAAUGUUGCUGAGUCUACAUAGGUCCCUCACCACGGAUCAAUCCCAGCCUGUCAUCAUAGUUCAGAGUAGUCUAUUGUCUCUGUAAACCACAGCCCUCUCUCCUCUCCCACUUCCCGACCACCCUACUCUGGGUUGGGUUUUGUGUUAUAUGUCUAGUUCGGUCAAUAGAACUGGAAGUGUUGUAUUAAUUAAGCUCAAUUGAGCUGAUGCUUUCCUUUGUUCCAUGAAUGCCUCUUUUCAGUGAAGACUAAUGUUACAUUCUGCCACCAGGUGUCGCUGUCGUGCUAACUGUGUUCUCUGUGUGCAUGCUGAAGCCAAGAGCACCAUGGUGGCCUCUAGUGGCAGAAUGCAAGCAUUGCAACACUGCAAAUUUUAAAAAAACAAACCAACACGACAGGAAGUGGCUUCAGUCUAAUGAGCAUUUAAACUAGCCGUCACGCAGGUCUUUGCAAUAACAGAAAACACAUAUACAGAUUGCACCAUCAACACAUCGUCUUACAUCAGCCAUAUUAACUAGGAUUGCCAUAUCUCAAAAAGUGAAAAUCCGGACAACAACAUUGUUGAAGCCUUUUUUGGCAGGUUUUUGAACUAUUUUUUAAAGAAGGUCACCCAAAACAACUCUGCCAACAUGGGUUGCCAUACGCCCAGAUUUUCCAGGACAUUUUCCCGAUUUCGGCCCAGACACUGCUUCCUACAGCUCCAUCUGGUACGUAGGCUGAGACCCUAUCUGCCUGCGGACUGUCUCGCCAGAGUGGUGCAUGCUCUGGUUAUCUCCCGCUUGGACUACUGCAAUGCACUCUACGUGGGGCUACCUUUGAAGGUGACUUGGAAACUACAACUAAUCCAGAAUGCGGCAGCUAGACUGGUGACUGGGGCCGGCCGCCGAGACCAUAUAACACCGGUCUUGAAAGACCUACAUUGGCUUCCAGUACGUUUCCGAGCACAAUUCAAAGUGUUGGUGUUGACCUUUAAAGCCCUAAACGGCCUCGGUCCAGUAUACCUGAAGGAGUGUCUCCACCCCCAUCGUUCUGCCCGGACGCUGAGGUCCAGCGCCGAGGGCCUUCUGGCGGUUCCCUCAUUGUGAGAAGCAAAGCUACAGGGAACCAGGCAGAGGGCCUUCUCGGUAGUGGCGCCCGCCCUGUGGAACGCCCUUCCAGCAGAUGUCAAAGCGAUAAACAACUACCUGACAUUCAGAAGACAUCUUAAGGCAGCCCUGUUCAGGGAGUUUUAACGUGUAAUAUUUUACUGUAUUUUUGGUUUCUAUGGAAGCCGCCCAGAGUGGCUGGGGAGGCCCAGCCAGAUGGGCGGGGUAUAAAUAAUAAAUUAUUAUUAUUAUUAUUAUUAUUAUUAUAUUUUCUCAAGUCUGAUAAUAAUAAUAAUAAUAAUAAUAAUAAUAAUAAUAAUAAUAGUUAAUAAUAAUUUAUUUCUACCCCACCCUUCUGGCUGUGCUUCCCAGCCACUCUGGGCGGCUUCCAACAAAAUAUUAAAAUACAGUAAUGCAUCAAACAUUAAAAGCUUCCCUAAACAGGGCUGCCUUCAGAUGUCUUCUAAAAGUCAUGUAGUUGUUGUUCUCUUUGACAUCUGGUGGGUGGGUGUUCCACAGGGCAGGUGCCACUACUGACAAGGCCCUCUACCUGGUUCCCUGUAAAUUGGCUAUAUCUGGUUCCUUCUAUCUUUCUUUCUAUGACCCCUCUCUGAAUCUUUUCCAACAUGAUUUGGCUUUCUUAAAUGGUGGUGCCCAGAACUUGAAUCUCAAACAUGGUCCUACGAACACCAAUUACAGAGGAUGUAUUAUUCUUGAGAAUGCCAAAACUGGAUCUUUCCCUCCCUUUGCUCUAUCAGGAUGGGCACCAAACUAUCAAGGCUCAGCCACGAGCGAAUGCAAGUUGACGGGAGACCCGGGAGCUGGAUCCGAAGCUCUGGAAGAAACCUGGACCUGGAGGAGGACCUGGAAGGGACUCGGGAGAGGGUUCGGGAACUGGAGAGACGAAAUGAGGGUCUAAGGAACCGCCUGCUCUUCUACAAGCAGCAGCUCCAGCUGCAGAGUUUGGGUCGAUAUGGCCCUUACGGCUAUGUCUCUCCCAGGGUAGACACAGGACUUCGGCGGGCACACACAGCCGCUGGACGAGUGCCUGAGAAAGUACGCAAAGGUAAAAAGAGCUUGUGGAGGGUAUUGUGUUCAUCGGUAGAGAGGUUCUGGGCUGAGCAGUGGUUUUGCAAUGCUAAAGGACGCAUAAUGAGUGUCAGGGACUGGCAGGAUGCUGACGGGUGUGCAACAGUUGCACUAAUGUACAGAGUAUGGGAAAAAAGUAAGACGAAUUGAGUACAGGACAGCAAAUAGGACCUGGCAGGUGUUACUAAAACUUAGUGGGAUGAUGCAGAAAUCCCAGCAAAAGAAGAAUGGAUACAAAAACUUAUGGGAUACGCAGAAAUGGCAUAACAUACUGGAAAAAUAAGAAAUCAAGAUAACAAACUUUUUAUAAAAGAAUGGAAAUGGUUUGUUGAAUAUUUACAAAUAAAACAGAUUUACAAAUAAAUUGUAAACAGACAUUGGCUAGAUUAUUGUAAUAACCUGCAGUUUUAUAAGAGUAUAUACUGAAAGUAGAUGAAUAAAUGAGCAAAUUAAGUUAAUUUGGAUAUGCAGAAAAUAUUUAAGGAACUGCAGAAAGAGGAAGGAAGCCAAGUUUUUAAAUGUUAAAAUGAUUAUAAAAUUACUGAAAUGUAUAAAAUUGAAAAUCAUACAUAAAACAAUUUUUUAAAAGUAAUAAUAAUAAAAGAAACUUAGUGGAAUGAUACUCAUGACUGAAAUGUAGGAAUUGAGAGGUAUAACCUGUUCAAAAGGAAUAGACGAAACAGAAAGGGAGGAGGAGUGGCAUUAUAAUGUAAAGGAUGUGUACACUUGUGAAGACCCAGAGCAUGGAAGGCAGGUUGAGAAUUUGUGGUUAAAUUUGGAGGAGAAGGAAACAACAGUGACUUUGUUGUAGAUAUCUGCUAAGGACCUCUAAGCCAGGCUGAAGAUUUGGAUGACGCCUUCUUGAGCAGAUGAGCAAACAUUCAAAACGGAGAGAUGUAGUAGUCAUGGGAGACUUCAAUGACCCCAGUACCUCUUGCAACUCAAAUUAGGCUAAGAAUGCCAGGUCUAGCAACCUCUACCACAUGUGGUGGACCUGUGGUAGAGUGAAGGGCUUCUGGGAAUUAAUUUAUAAUGAACUUAAAAAAAUAUUUAAGUACACUUUUCCAAAAAAAUCCCGAAGCCUUUCUACUGGGAUUGACAGGGAAGGAAAUUAAAAAGAAAGAUAAAAAUCUCCUUCUAGACGCCACAACGGCUGCAAGAACUAUCUUGGCUCACAAUUGGAAAACAGAUGUAAUACCUACCAUUAUGGAAUGGCAGGUUAAAAUGAUGAAUUACACAGAACUGGCCAGAGUAUCAGGAAAACUAUGAGAUCAGGAUGAACAGAAGUUUCAAGAAAGCUGGAGUAUAUAUUUGGUGUAUAUAAGAGACAAUUGUAAAACCUUAAAGACACUGGCAGGGUUAGAAUAACUCUAACAGCGUAUGGUAAAAAUAAAGUUAAAUAUACAGAAUACGCGAUGUUAGAAAAUAUAUGAUACUUACUGAAGGGGUGGAGGGAAGUCCGAAGCUCGGCAGAGCUAAAGAUAAAUAUGUGAUUUAUUUGUAUAAUGAAUGUAUGUUUAAUGAAAAAUCAAAAAAAAUUAUUGGGGGAAAAAAGAAAAAAGAAUUCCAGGUCUAACAAAUUCCUCAAGUCCCUCGCUGACAAUUUCAUUUCCCAGAAGGGUGGAAGAAGCAACAAGGUGUCAGCGACUAGCAGGCUGUUGCCUAGGGUGCAGUGAGGAUGGGGGGACUCAGGAGAGGGGGCCAGUGAAUUGUGGGAAACCGUACCAGCCAGGAGACAAGAGUCGGAGGCAGGGGAAGCUUCGGAGCUGGAAGUGGGGCGCAGGAUGGAUCAGAAGAAGAGGAAGAGGCAGCUCAAGCAAGUGGAGGGCCGGGUGCUUCCCCACCCUCUCCUGCACCAAUGUCUCCCAGAACCAGGAGGGAGCUGAAGAGAGAAGAGCAGAGGCAGCUUUCACACGGACACAGUCUCCAGCUGUGUGCGUGCAGCCCAUAAAACUGAGGGAGAGGAUGUGAGCUCCUGUUGCUGCAACUGUUCCACAGAGCACAGACCUGGGAAUAGUUGCCUAGAUGCUAGAGUGGUGUGCAUAGUUAUUCGGAGCCACAGAAACAAUUGUAAGUGUCUGCUUUUAACAAUAAAGAGUUAACUAUCUUCCAUUGCAUUCCUUUGGCCCAUGGCAGUAGACUUCAUUGAAGCAAAUUGCGCUGGCUUUUCGUGGACCCUGCUGGUUUUCCUCUGUAGAAUGUGUGACCCAACAGGGCAUGGGCUGAGGCGCAUGAUGUGUUGCUCGUAAUUAUUUAUAUUUUUUGGCCCAGCAGGAAUGCGGGUUCAAGGGCCGGCGGUCAGACCAACCCACACAGCUCCUGCCCGCUAUGGCGAUCACACUCUGGAGGGAUCUCGAGUUGAGACGGAGAGACUGUGAGUCUUGCCUGCCCAUCCUACCCUCAACCGUUUGGCCACUGCGAUUCUUUUCCUUUCUUUCAAAAUCAUUUUUAUUUGGUUUAACAAGUAUAAAAUUAUAACAAUACAAUCAUAAAGGUAAAGGGACCCCUGACCAUUAGGUCCAGUUGUGACCGACUCUGGGGUUGCGACACUCAUCUUGCUUUACUGGCCGAGGGAGCCGGCGUACAGCUUUUGGGUCAUGUGGCCAGCAUGACUAAGCCUCUUCUGGCGAACCAGAGCAGCACACGGAAACGCCGUUUACCUUCCCACCAGAGUGGUACCUAUUUAUCUACUUGCACUUUGACGUGCUUUCGAACUGCUAGGUUGGCAGGAACAGGCACCGAGCAACGGGAGCUCACCCCGUCGUGGGGAUUCGAACCGCCGACCUUCUGAUCGGCAAGUCCUAGGCUCUGUGGUUUAACCCACAGUGCCACCUGCGUCCCUAAUACAAUCAUACAUAUCCACAUUUACAGAUUCUUCCGAAUCUCUGGACUUCCCAUCUCCCCUUCAUGGUUCCCAUUCUUAAACCUUUUCUGCUGCAUCUUUUCUAUGUUUUAUAUACAGUGGUACUUCGGGUUACAUACGCUUCAGGUUACAUACGCUUCAGUUUACAGACUCCACUAACCCUGAAACAGUGCUUCGGGUUAAGAACUUUGCUUCAGGAUGAACAGAAAUUGUAUUCCGGCGGCGCGGCAGCAGCAAGUCCCAUUAGCUAAAGCAGUGCUUCAGGUUAAGAACAGUUUCAGGUUAAGUACGGACCUCCGGAACAAAUUAAGUACCGUAUUUUUUGUUCUAUGAGACUCACUUUUUCCCUCCUAAAAAGGAAGGGGAAAUGUGUGUGCGUCUUAUGGAGCGAAUGCAGGCUGCGCAGCUAUCCCAGAAGCCAAGACAGCAAAAGGGAUUGCUGCUUUCACUGCGCAGCGAUCCCGCUUGCUGUUCUGGCUUCUGAGAUUCAGAAUAUUUUUUUUUCUUGUUUUCCUCCUCCAAAAACUAGGUGCGUCUCGUGGUCUGGUGCGUCCUCAAGAGCAAAAAAUAUGGUAUUUAACCCAAGGUACCACUGUAAUUCCAUUGUCUCCAUAAUACUUGCUACAUUAGAAGUGUUAUUGUAAUCCUGCUAGUGUUUUCAUCUGCUUACAGUAUGUCACUGUUUUAUAUACAUGUCAUUAUAUUGUAAAUCACUUUGAGAUGGGAAGGAAUGACAUAAAUAAAUAAAUAAAUAACGUUAAUGCAUGCAAAUGUUAACUGGAUCCUCUCCUCUUCCCAUUUUCCCAAGGACAAUGAUCUGGAAACGGAGCAGCUAUUUUUGUUUUCUUCCUUUCAGUACCCAGAGCCUGGUCCUUGCAGCAUUGGAACUGGAUCCUGAGUCGCUGAGUUCCACACAUGGCAGAGAUACGGACCCAGAAAGCGCCCGCUCCCUGCAGCGCCACCUAGAGGUCCGGGAACGCCGGUACAAUGCCUGCACAAUGCUUCAUCCACAAUGCUUAUUUGGUCCAUGUUAAAUCAGUCUCUCUAGCUCUUGUUUUAAGGUCUUCUCAACUCUUGUUCCAUUUCUCACCAAAACACUUAAAUCGAACUUAAUCCGUUCCGGAGAGAGCCAGAUUCUGGGAUGUCAAAGUAUAUAUUUUUGGGCUUAAGUUUAAAACGGGGAAAACCAAACAUGACUCAUUGAUAAGAUAUAGAGAUUUGUAAAUUGGGAGUGUUGACAUGUGUUUCACUCUGAGUUUUGGCUUGUCAUUGAUCUUAAUUAUUUUUUGAAUGUUUUAAAUAGUUGUUUUUCAUGGGUUAUUAUUGAUAAUUUUAUUGUUUUACUUACUGUAAACAGUUUUGAAAUUGGUUGUUUUCCUACAUGGUACAUGUACCUACAUGGUACAUGAAUUUUGUAAAAUAAAUCAAACAAACCUUUAUUUUAACUUCUUGGUUCAUCAGGAACAUAAAAAUUCAGAUACAGUGGUACCUCAUACCAUAUACGCUUCAGGUUACAUACACUUCAGGUUACAGACUCCGCUAACCCAGAGAUAUUACCUCGGGUUAAGAACUUUGCUUCAGGAUGAGAACAGAAAUUGUGCAGUGGCAGCACGGCAGCAGCAGGAGGCCCCAUUGGCUAAAGUAGUGCUUCAGGUCAAGAACAGUUUCAGGUUAAGGACAGACCUCCGGAACGAAUUAAGUACUUAACCCGAGGUACCACUGUAUCUGUAUGCAAUAGCAGAAAUGGCUGGAAAGUAUUUUGUUACAACCACGCCCCACCCCCACCCCCCAAUUUAUUAACCUAAAGUAGUUUCCAGCCCUUUUCUUCUCAUGAGGGAAGGAGAAAGGAAGGACAGAUAAGUGCUGGCUGGUGGAUUUCAAAUUUAAUGCUGGUCUCUUUAUCCAACACAGACCUAACAAGACAAUCUAUUUCUUUUUGAUGAUUAUUUAAAAUCUAUUUUUAUUAAUACCAAAAGUUCAGUACAAAGUACCUAUUUAAAACACACCAGAAUAAAAGAAAUACUUUUAAAAAAACUACAGUAAUCUAAAGAGGAACAGGGGCAGAAAGAAGAAGGAAAAAAGGGGGGGAGAAAAAAGAGUGAGAGAAAAAGUAAAGAAAAUGGGAAAAGAUAAAAAGACUUCCGGUUCUCUGUCCGUCAACUAAAUAUAGUAUUGACAUCCAGCUAUUCUAUUUUCUAUAAGCCAAUAUUUUUUUUCAAUCUUCAAAUCCAGACAUUACAAGCUCAUUUUCUCUCUUAGGCAAAAAGUCUGCAAGAAGUUUCCAGUCCUUAAUAAAUGUCAAUAAUCAACACCUAUUUGUCUGUUUUGCUGUUCCAGAGCCGCCAUCCAGGAAAACGUGGAGCUGAUUCGUCUGCAGAAGCUUCUGAGAGCCAAGAAUUCAGAACUGGUGGUAACCAAAGCCCAGUUUGCUGGCUUACAGGAAGUGAGUCCUGCCACGUAGUCAAAUGCAGCCCACUGGGUUUCACUCUCUGGCCCCUGGGCUUCUCCCCAAGCCAUUUCACACAGACAUACUGCUUAUCUUCUGAGCCCUCCCAAGGGAUGCAGGCCAGUGGCAACUUGGGGCCGUCAGAGGCAAAAGUGGGUGGGAUAAUGGAUGUACAUUUUGCCUUUGUGCAGUAGGCUAGUUCUUACACACACUCACAAGGCACCUCGCUCUCUUCUCCAUCCAAGCAAGGAAGCGGCAUUAUCAAAAUUCUAGGGCAAAGUCUAGCAAGGCAAAAACACUUGCGGUUGGGGAAGGAAGCAGUGCUACUGAAGGCCACAUUUGAGCCCUAGACCUAAGGUUCCUCAUCCGUGAUCUCAACGAUAUUUUUAGUUGUGAGCUUUACAACGGUUUGUGUUUUUUGCAGAUCGUUUUCAGAGCGUUUUUAAUAGCUGUUUAGAUCCAGCCAAAAUUAUUUAAAAACAGAUUGUGAGGGAAUGUGAGGGACCCUGAUCCCCACAAACUACUGUUGCACGCACACCACAUGACUUCCCCAUAAGAUUCCUGGGAACUGUUGGAUUUCCGGUCCACUGCAGAGGAGAAUGGCGGUGUGCUAAGUGUCGUCCGCGACACAGAGCCGGCAGAAAGGCUUUGAGGGCAGCAAUAGAGCUCAGCGCACCCCCCAAAAAAAACUCCACGGGAGAGUGGGGACCUGAGGGCUCCAGCGGAGUGAAAAAUGCAUUCAAUGAUUCAAUUAUUUGACAGUAUAGAGCAAGGGUCAGCAAACUUUUUUAGCAGGGGGCCGGUCCACUGUCCCUCAGUCCUUGUGAGGGGCCGGACUAUUUUUGGGGUGGGGGUGGGGGGGGAAUAACGAAUUCCUAUGCCCCACAAAUAACCCAGAGAUGCAUUUUAAAUAAAAGGACACAUUCUACUAAUGUAAAAACACGCUGAUUCCCAGACUGUCCACGGGCCGGAUUUCGAAGGCGAUUGAGCCGGAUCCGGGCCUUAGUUUGCCUACCCAUGGUAUAGAGACUCUGUUUUCCUUCUUAUAUGUGACUUCCGACAAGGAAGGUGUUUUUUUCUUCAUCUACCCCAAUAAUCCAGCCCUUUGCUUGCUAUUCCUCCAGGCUUACGAGACUCAGCUCCAGCAGGUAACUUUCUCCAGUUCUUUUUGGUGGUGGCAGCAAUGGGGGAUUGGGACUCUACGGUCCCUCAAGGCUCUAGAUCUCAUGAAUCUUUCCCUUCUUCUUUGCUUCUCCAGAACCAAGAGGCAUUGAGGUCAGCCAGUGAGGCCUUGCUAGCUCAGGUCGAAAAGCUGAAUGCCCACCUCAGGGAGGAGAGUCAGAAGGUGGCAGCCCUGGAGAGCCAAGUAGAAAUCCUUUCUCCACUGCAGGGAAUGCUGGAAGAUGUAAGUCGUGUCAGAAAUAAUCCAGAAGAAAAUACUUCUAUCAUACUUCUCAAACUUCAGUCUUUUAUUUUUAUUGAAACCAUUUCUAUGCUGAGAUAUACAGUGCUUUUUUUCUUUAAAAAGGGGGGACUCUCAUUUUUACUCAAGAAAAUCACCAUUUUAUAGUUCAAAUUGGGGAAAAUAAAUACAGUAAAUGGACAAAAGUACAAAGAUUCACAAAAUGUUUAGAGUUACAGGUAUGUGUACCCCUGUGUACCUCCAGAAAAAAACAACACUGGGGACAUGUGUGAUAUGCCUCUGAGAUAUCUGUCAGGUGGUACAUUUUUGAAUGUUGAAGUCUGGACAUUGGCUUAAUUUCUGUUGUAGGAAUUCUAAGAUCUCAAAUAUAGAAUAAACGUUGAUAAUUGCACAAGGAAAACACACAUACAGUGCUUUUUUUUCUUAAAAAAAAUGUUUAGGGGGUACUCUCAUUUUCCUUCUCGUAUUGAAAUACUGCCCCUCAAUGAGGCCGAACUUAGAUUCACAAAACGUUUAGGGGUAUGCGCACCCCUGCGUCCCCCCAGAAAAAAAGCAUUGCAUAAGUAUAUAAACCACAUGUCUAAACAGUACAGGAGAGCAAACCAAAAACCAUCUUGGCUCUCUUAAAGACUCUAAAUAUUUCCUCUGCCUCCUUAAUCCCUCUUGCCUGAGAACACAUAGGCAGAUAGCAAUCCGGGGAUGUUCCUGAAGGGAUUCCUCUCCUAUAUCUACAAACCUCCUUCGUAUUAGUUGUCAUUGUUUGCCCAGAUGCUCUGCAUUGAGGGAUGUGUGACGGGCAUCUUUAUUGUCGUAUCAAAUGCUAAUGCUUUGUGUAAACUGUGUCUGGAACUAUGGAAAAACUUGCUAAAUUCUCAGGAAUAUCACACCUUGGCCUGCCUGAGCCACAGCAACCCCAUCUAACCUAUGAUGCCAUUUCUGACUGUUUGUAGAGGGGAUGUGCUUCUUCUCCAUGCCAAAAUGCAAACCCUUAAAAGAGAUGUUUCUUCUUGGUUCUGGUUCUCUCUUGCCCCCUUGCUAGGAGGGGAGGGAACUCUGUUCCGACAUAAAAAAUGAAGAUCUGCCUUGCUAUCACUGUUGUUGUUGUUUAGUCAUUUAGUCGUCUCCGACUCUUCGUGACCCCAUGGACCAGAGAACACCAGGCCCUCCUGUCUUCCACUGCCUCCCGCAGUUUGGUCAAACUCAUGCUGGUAGCUUCAAGAACACUAUCCAACUACCUCGUCCUCUGCCGUCCCCUUCUCCUUGUGCCCUCCAUCUUUCCCAACAUCAGGGUCUUUCCCAGGGAGUCUUCUCUUCUCAUGAGGUGGCCAAAGUAUUGGAGCCUCAGUUUUACGAUCUGUCCUUCCAGUGAGCACUCAGGGCUGAUUUCCAUAAGAAUGGAUAGGUUUGAUAUUCUUGCAGUCCAUGGGACUCUCAAGAGUCUCCUCCAGCACCAUAAUUCAAAAGCAUCAAUUCUUUGGCGAUCAGCCUUCUUUAUGGUCCAGCUCUCACUUCCAUACAUCACUACUGGGAAAACCAUAGCUUUUACUAUACGGACCUUUGUCGGGAAGGUGAUGUCUCUGCUUUUUAAGAUGCUGUCCAGGUUUGCCAUUGCUUUUCUCCCAAGAAGCAGGCGUCUUUUAAUUCCGUGACUGCUGUCACCAUCUGCAGUGAUCAUGGAGCCCAAGAAAGUAAAAUCUCUCACUGCCUCCAUUUCUUCCCCUUCUAUUUGCCAGGAGGUGAUGGGACCAGUGGCCAUGAUCUUGGGUUUUUUUGAUGUUGAGCUUCAGACCAUAUUUUGCGCUCUCCUCUUUCACCCUCAUUAAAAGGUUCUUUAAUUCCCCCUCACUUUCUGCCAUCAAGGUUGUGUCAUCUGCAUAUCUGAGGUGGUUGAUAUUUCUUCCGGCAAUCUUGCAGUAUUUUUCUUUACAGCAUUGGACUUUCCACUAUGACCUGUUCAUCUUGGGUGCCCUGGAUGGCAUAGUUCAUAGCUUCUCUGAGUUAUUCAAGCCGCUUCACCACGGCAAGGCAGUGAUCCAUGAAGGGGCUAUCACUGUAUCCUGCCUCCAUCCAUUCAUCUCUGACCUAUCAUGGACUUAGGCGGACUCAGUCCCUUGGGGAGUUGAGCAGCAAAACCAAACACCCCAAUUUUUCUAUAUCGUUUCCAAAGAAGGAUGUCAGUCAUAUAUAUGAUUUGAGCUUCUUAGCUGCAUUUUAUGUUUCCUUUACAUUUGACAAACCUGGGACCUUCAGCAUGUGAAACAGAUGGUUUACCACUGAGCCACAGCCCUUCUGCAUCCCAUGGUUUUGCUCCUCUUGCCCGGCAGAAUUAUCCUGGUAUUCAGAGACAUACCUCUUCCAACACAGAAUACGGUAUAUAGCCGUCAUGGCUAGAAACCACUGGUAGAGUUGUAUCCUCUAUGCAUUUUUUUAAAACCCCUUUUGAAGUCAUGCAAGCCAUUGGCAGAGUCAAAAAUAAAAACAGAUUAUUUGCCCAUCUUGCUUCCCAUCCAAUCUCCGGGCUACCGCUGGCAGCUUGGAUUCCACAACAAGGCCCUGUAUUCUGUACCGUUUUUCAGUUUCAGGAGAGAGUCCGGGACCUGGAAAAGGAGCGAGAUUUGCUGAAGGAAGAUUACGACAAACUGCUGGAGAGGUGAGAGAUGGGUUGGCGGGAAAGGAUAAGCAACUCGGGAGUUUGUUCCCUCUCAACAAAAGCCAUUCGUGCAGCAGUUGGGAACCUCAGACACAGGGCCGAAUAUGGCCCUUCAAGUCUCUCUGUUUGAGCCUAAGGACUUUCCAGGUCAAACCCCUUCCUCAGCAAAGCCCACUUUCCUCACUUCUUGAGUGUUUUUGUUUUGGCCUGUCUGUUUUGGAAUGUGUCUGUGAACUCUGAUAUUGGUCACAUUCACACCAUAAUAGUAGUAGUAGUACAGUGGUACCUCGGGUUAAGUACUUAAUUUGUUCUGGAGGUCCGUUCUUAACCUGAAACUGUUCAUAACCUGAAGCACCACUUUAGCUAAUGGAGCCUCCCGCUGCUGCCGCGCCACCGGAGCACGAUUUCUGUUCUUAUCCUGGAGCAAAGUUCUUAACCCGAGGUACUAUUUCUGGGUUAGCAGAGUCUGUAACCUGAAGCAUAUGUAACCUGAAGCAUAUGUAAUCCGAGGUACCACUAUAGUAGUAGUAGUAGUAAUAAUAAUAAUAAUAAUAAUAAUAAUAAUAAUAUUUCUGACUCAUUUAUAGCAUUCCCUCCCCCUUGUGUAGAUCCGCCUUGGGUUGCCCCAGCCACUCUGGUUGGCUUCCAACACAGAUAAAAACAUUAAAAAGCAUUACAGAUUAAAAGGCUUCCCUAUACAGCGAAGCACUGACUAGGAUGCCAUUCAAAGCACUAUGAUAUCAUUUUAAGCACUUAUAGCUUCCCCAUAAGAAUUCUGGGAACUGUAGUUUGUUAAGGGCGCUGAGAGUUCUUAGGAGACCCCACUUUGCAGGGAAUUCUGGGAAUUGUAGCUCUGUGAUGGGGGGAUAGGAGCCGCCUAACAACACUCAAGAACCUUAACAAACCACAGCUCCCAGAAUUCUUUGGGGGAAGCCAUAACUGCUUAAAAUGAUAUCAUAGUGCCUUGAAUGUACGGUGUGAAUAUGGCCAAUAUCUUUGGGUAAACCUGGAUGAAAGACGGAGGCGUGUAGAAAUAGACAGGCAUUUUUGGUAUGGGAAAAAGGGCUCCCUACUAGAAUUUAGAGAAACAUAGGCAAGGAUUUUGUGGCCCUUUCUAAUAUGCGGCAAAUCUAUGUGUCUCUUUAGCUGCCUCAGCAAUACCCAGCACCCCCUAGACAUGGUUCCCCAGAAGGACAACGCCCCUUGCUUGGAAGAACAACUCAUCUCAGCAAUUGCAGAAAAGCAGAGCUUGCAGGAGCAGCUGGAGAAGGAAAGAGGUGAGGAGGCCAACGAGAGCUGGCAGGGAAAUGACUGAAUAGGCAAAAUACCCUAAACACGACCCCUUGCGUCUCACACGGGUCACUAACAGUGAAGUUUGAAACAAGAGCUGGGGGACCGCAAGCCCAGGGAGCAGAUGCGGCCCUCUGCACCUUUCUGUCUGGCCCUCAGGGCUUUGGUCAAGUUGGACUGCAGCCUACUGCAGAAAUGUCGCCUCACUUGCCCCGCCUACUUUUGCCUCUGGCCCCACCCACCACUGGCAUGCGGCCCCCAGAAGGCUGCCUGUGAGGGAAUGUGGCCCUUGUUCUUGCUGCUGUUGUUUCAUUGGCUUUUAUAAAUACCCUCCCCCUGUUCCAAGCUUGGAAGUGAACUGAUGAAUUGAGGGUAAAAAUAAUUAGCAAGUUACAGGAAAGGAACAGUCAGGACUAUUGAGAACAGGUGGCAACUUUGCAAUUCAUCCCAAAUCCUUGCUUUCCCCUCAUAAGCUCUGAACGAGGAACUGAAGCAGGAAGUGAGCCAGUUGCUUCAGGAACGCCCACAGGAAGUCGGCUUCUUGCGGGAGAAGGCGGCCAUCUUGGAUAACCAGACUAGAGAGGAAGACUUUCCAUCCAGUCUAGUAGUUGAGGUAGGCACUGGGUAAAACCACACACUUAGCAACUGGACCUUAGAUACUAGCACUGUACAUACAAAUACACACAUAUAUGCAGGUAGGCAUCGAUUUCUAUGCUGACCUUUGUCACACGCAGCUCUGUUUCCAUCCUGCUGCUGUUCGGCUUCCUACAAAGACUGUGUUUUUUCUCUCGUGGUUCAUUAUGUUACGAUUACGUGAUUCCACCCUGUUCGUUUUGAUGCAAAGAAAGCCCAAUGCAAAUACGGCAGGAAAGUAAUCUGUCAUGUAUCAUUUGCGGGCUGAGAACAACAGCAGCAGUGAAUACCAGUUGUGUUUGAUGGAUUGGUUUCCAUUCUGGAUAUGGGAUGCAUAAGCAAAACACUGGCAAUUUCCAUUCCCGUUUUUGUUUCUGUCAGAAUUCUCCAGUAUCCGCACGCACAAAUUACCGGUAUCAUAAGCAUUGCAAGUCUUCGGCUGCUGUUUCCCGGUCUUAAUUAAAUUGCGAGGAGUUCCAAUCUGAACAGGCAGCUGAGGUCUUGCAAGGCUCAUCUUGCUUGUGUUAACUGCCAGUGACAUUUAGUUUAGAACUUUUUUGGGGGGGGGGAUAAAAUACCUCUCCCUGCACAGAUUGGCAUUUUAUGUAAAAAUGACCUGAUCCAAGGUAAAGCAGAUACCAGCGGAUUAAAAUGUCAAAGCAAUAGAGUUAGCAAGUCAUCAGUGAUAUAGAUCAGCACAGUUUCAUGAAAUGGAUUUGCUUCUCCUCCAUUUUCUGAUUUGGCAUGGUAGUCAUGCACGCACGUCAAGCCCCACACAUUUCCUUCCAUCUCUCUCCCCCCUCCACUUUUUUUCCUUGCAGCCCCUCUAUGUGGAAGGUCUCGAGAGAGAGUCUGAGAAGGAAGAGACGUUUGCCCAACGGAGUCUAAAGCGAAGGCUCUACGAGACGGAGGCCGCCCACGCUGAGACCGUGCUGGAGCUAGAGAAGACCCGGGACAUGCUCAUCUUACAACACCGCAUCAACCGGGACUACCAGGUGAAGCAAGGAGACUGAGCUGCCCACCUGGGAGAUGGAACAAAGUGGGGGUCUUUUUGGAGAACUAGGGGUGUGUGCAGACAAGCAUAUUCCAUAUUCACUGUGUCCUCACCAGGGUCAAGCUCAGUGAAAGCUAGUUCUGUGUGUUUGCAUUGAGUUGAAUGGGCACAGUGCUGAUUGGCUAGCGCCUGUAAUGUCCUCAAGAAACUUCUCUCCACCCCACAUCAGUGGAAUAAUUUUGCAACUUUUACAUUUUUAUUUAACGGGAAAGGAAUUCAAAACAGCCCAAAUGUGCAAGGGCACAAUUCACAAAGCAUCCAAUGGAAAAUGAGGAGAUGCAAUUUUUAGGUAUAGAGAACUCCAUUUUAUUGGGCCUAACCUGUUCGAAUAUGGAUACUUUCUGGGGACAUGGCCAAUUUCAGUCUUUAACAAAUGUAUCAAUAGAAUUCCUUUGCUUACAUUGGUGCCUUCACACAUUUUCUGCAGAAACACAAGCCUUAGUAGGGCCAGGCAAGCAAAGCAGUUUUGCUACCUUAUUCCCACCCGCCCAAGAAUGCUCCCCUGCCUUUCAACAGCUGCAUGGCAGACAGAAAUUCUGGAUCUGAUUCUUGCAUGAUUUGUGUAGCUCUAAGAGAGCAUUUGGGCACGAUGCAGGGUAUUUUGUGAAUCAGGGAUGCGCUUUGCCAAGCAGGAGGCUGAAGGAAGGCAGACAUCCCUCACUAAAGCCAUUUCAAAAUGUCCUCCUGUGAAUUUGCUUUCUGGGGUGGAGUUAUAUUGUUUUGUUACAUCGCACUGUAUUCUAUUGCAGCUUCUCAGUUUCGUUCAUUCGGUACAUGUGUUUCACUGGCUAUUUUUUAAGCUGCUUAAGGGACUAAGCGGUAUAUAAAUAAAUAACCUAAAGCAGCUGCAAGUGGAGGAGCAGGGAAACGAGAGUCCUCCUCAUCUCUCUCCCGGCUCAGUCCUGAGGCUGACUGUAGGUACCGUUCUCUCUUUGGCGGGCAUGCCUUGGUUCCAGGCAGAGCUGGACGGGGUGCUGCUGCAGACGACAAGAGAGAAGCAGGAGCAUGAGGAGAAGGAGCAGCAGAUGGCCCGCCUUCUGGACCUGCGUGGGGCCCGCAUCCGCCAACUUGAAGGUAGGCAUGUGGACAGGCAUACCUCCUCUCCAUGCAAUCUCUAGCUCCCUAUCCACACCAUAGAUUGAAAGCACUCUUUAGAUCUGCACAAGGUGGAAUAUGUGCAGAGGAGGGCGAACAAGAUGAUCAAGGGUGUGGGAAGGAAGCCUUAUAAAGGCAGUUGGGUAUGUUCAGCCUGGAGAAGAGAAAGCUGGGGGUUGAUACGAGAGGCACCUUCGAAUACCUGCUGCAGAAGAGGGAGCAAGCUUGUUUUCUGCUGCUCCGGAGUGUAGGAAUCCAACCAAUGAGUUCAAAUUACAAGGAGAUUCCAACUAAACAUUUGAAAGAGCUGUUCAGUGGUGGAGCGGACUCCCUCGGGAGGUGGUGGACAUUCAGUGGAGGACGGAUGGUCCUCUGUCAGGGAUGCUUGAGUUGAGAUUCCUGCAUUGCUGUCAGGGACCGUGCUGAAGAGAGCUGCACUGAGGAGGAAUGGUGGGAGCCUCCCCCUGCUCUUGCUCUACAGCCUGAAUCUUCCCAGGAGCAGGAGGACAGUAUAGAUUUGGAACAGUGGUUUGCAGAGGGACAUAGUUCAGAAGGCAGAAGCUGGGAAAUACUGGAUGGGAAACAGCUAGGAGAAGAGAGACUGGAAGAGAGAGGGUUAACAGAUUCACAGUCUCUAGACAGCAUUCACCUCCCUUUUCCAAAGUCACGAGAGCUCAGAAAGUGGCAGCACAGAAAGUACAGAGGGUACAAGCUCAGAUUACAAAACAUAGGUGUGAUGUAGAUUAUAAUAGGGACAGAAGGGGGUGCAGUCCUUAACUGGGAGCACCGCCAUUCUAGGAGAUGUGUUCAUUGUUCUCUUGCUAUGAUUAUUAAAGUUUCUAACUGGUAAGAAGACUCCUAUUACUUUGUUCUGCUUAUUUACUGCCACGGGGGAGGAAGCCGAUUCCCUGAAGCCUGACAAUUGCAGGGGGUUGGCCUAGAUGACCCUCGGGGUCCCUUCCGAUUCUGUGGUUCUGUGAACAGGUCUUUGUGGCUCUGUCUUGUUUCCCCACCCUCCCACCCCACUCCAGCGCAGUUGAAGGACGUGGCCUAUGGAACGAGGGCAGCCCCGUUUCCUCCCAGAGAGGGUGACUCAUCCGUGGAAGCAGUCCCUGACCAGGCCCCACAGCUGCGUCGCGGAGAGAACCUCUUCGAGCUGCACAUCUCGGGCGCGGUGCUGUCGGCCGAGGCGCUGCGUCUGCUGGGGGACCCGGAGCCUCUCACCUUUUGCACGUACUCCUUCUACGACUUCGAGACCCACUGCACGCCAGUGGUGCGUGGCUCCCGCGCCCGCUACGGCUUUACCUCUCAGUACGUGGUGCAGGCCGAGCCGUUUUUCCUGCAAUACCUGCAAGGCGCCACGUCCCGCCUCGACCUCCACCUUGCCUCGGCCGUCGAACACGCCACCCUGGCCUCCUGCUGGCUGCGCUUUGGCGAGGUGCUGGGCAGCGGGGAGAAGGUGCACGCCACGGCGGUGCUCCACGGUAAGGAUUGCGCCAUUCCAACUGUGGCAGAUGUUUUGGAGUCGGAAAAGACUCAAAGAAGGGCAACCAAGAUGAUAAAGAGCAUAAGAGCCUGCCAGAUCAGCCCUGUAGCCCAUAUAUAUAGUCUGGCACCCUGUUCUCAGUGUGGCCACCAAGAUGCCCAUGGGAAACCUGCAAACAGGAUUUGAGCAUGAAAGCAAUUGCCCCCUGUGGGAAUGUUCAGGGAGGCAGGAGAGGAUAUAUUGUUUGUUAAUAUCCUUCCUAACAUGCGCUAGCAAGUUCUAUAAUUUAGCAGAGUUUUACAUUCCCCUUUCUAAACACACAGCGGAUAACUGGUUGCAGGCUUGCUUAAGCCUCUUAAUAUUAGCUUCCUGGUAAGUUCCCUUAUAUCCCCCUUAAAAGAAUAGACAUGCCACAAUCUUGCUUAAAGUAUAUAAAAGAAGUUUACAGAGGUAUCUCGGGUUACAGACGCUUCAGGUUACAGACGCUUCAGGUUACAGACUCCGCUAACCCAGAAAUAGUACCUCGGGUUAAGAACUUUGCUUCAGGAUGAGAACAGAAAUCGUGCUCCGGUGGCGUGGCAGCAGCAGGAGGCCCCAUUAGCUAAAAUUGUGCUUCAGGUUAAGAACAGUUUCAGGUUAAGAACGGACCUCUGGAACGAAUUAAGUACGUAACCAGAAGUACCACUGUACUCACAUCAUCAGUUCACAGUUGGAUCCCUGAAGGCAGACUUAAUUACAAAAUAUAUAAAUGUGGAUCUAUCCCAUAUGAGGGGUUAAUCCCAGUGACUGCAGACUGGCAGUCACUGGAGUUCACACAACGAAAGGAAGAUGGAAAAGAAGGAAGUAGGGGGAAGAGGGCUGCGUGCCUUGUGGUUUUGUUACCUGCACAGGUAAGGUCAUGCCCACCUCUAGUCACAUGCAAGAGGAAGUAUGUCCCAGCCCAGGAGGAAACAGGAAGUUCUGACUGUCUGGACCAAACAUCCCCUUGUAUGUCCACUCUAGGAAAACAAGGAAUGUUGUAUUUGACUGCUACCUAUGUAUCACAUCCCACACCCCCAUGGUUUCCAGCAACUGGUACAGUGGUACCUCUGUUUUCAAAGGUAAUCCAUUCUGGAAGACCAUUCAACUUCUGAAACAGUUGAAAACCGAGGUGCAAAGGGCGGCCUGCAAAUUCAAUAGAGAAAAUUGGGGGGGGGGGGGACUCAGCAGAAACCGUUCGACUUCCGAGGAGCAUUCAAAAAUGGAAGCAUUUACUGGGUUUUCGGCAUUCAUAAACUGAAACGCUCAACUUCCUAGACGUUCGAAAACCAAGGUACCACUGUAUUCAGAAGCAGUGCUGCCUCUGACUGUGGCAGCAAAGCCCUCUCCUCCAUGAAUUGGUCUAAUAAUUUGAAUAAGGGGAUGGAGCGAUUCCCCUCUAAAGUUGCAGCUUUAGGGGGGAUUUUAGUUCAGAGAAAAAGCAAGCAAGAGGUGGCAUGAUAGAAUUUUAUAAAAUUAUGCAUGGCAUGGGUUAAGUGGAUAGAGAAAAGUACACACACCCCGGCCAUAACGCUAGCACUUCUGCAAUGAAGCUGAAUAUUGGAAGAUUCAGGACAGAUAAAUUGUGCUGGUCCCGGGGGUGAGGUACCUUGGGUGUAGCAGAGUCCACACGAAGAGGGGCAAGGUCCGAGGCAGAGAGCCGGGCGGGGAACAGGAAUGCUGGAACAGGAGGCUGUGCAGGGAACAGGAACACCGGAUGGUCGGGAACAGGAGGCCGAGCAGGGAACAGGAGUACCGGAUAGUCAGGAACAGGAAGCCGAGCAGGGAUCAGGAACACAGGAAGGUCCGAAGCCAACAACGACGUUGCUCCCGCAACCUGGGGCCGGGCUGACUGGGCUUUUAUCCUCUUCUAAGGCCAGGGGCGGUCCCGGUCCCCAGGAGCCCCGCCUCCUCUGGCCUUAAGGCGAGCACUCCUCCUGGGGGCAACCAGUUCCCUUCGCCUCUCAGCCCUAAGCCUCUGCAGAUCAGGAGAGGCCGAAGGGUUACUGGGCCCUGGAGGAGGCUCACCUGUGGCCACUGAGUCAUCAAGCCCCUCUGGGGCCCGAAGGGCUUCACCUGGGGCCAGCUCCUGAUGCACUGCCACAGGUGCAGGCUCUUCAGCAUCAAGGCCUUGCCCCAGUUCAGCCGGCCCUGGAGGCGGGGACUCCUGUGCAGGCAGGGACUCCUCUGUUUCAUCCUCCGAAUCGGAAUCCCAGGCCAUCACAUAAAUUAAGAGUACUUUUUCUCUCAGCACAAAGUUAAACGAUGGAACAGAAUGCAAUGAUGGCCACCAAUUCAUAGAGGAUGAGGCUAUCAGCAGCUAUGGCUCUAUUGUCGGACUUUGACAGCACACAUCCCUCUCUUGUUUUCCAAAGCAGGUUAUGUUCUUACAGAACAGGGAUGGAGAACCUCCUUCCCUACAUCACUUAAUCAUCAUGCUUGAGCAGCUGGUAGUCGUGGCCGAGUGGUUAAGGCGAUGGACUAGAAAUCCAUUGGGGUCUCCCGCGCAGGUUCGAAUCCUGCCGACUACGUAAUCGUGCUUUUGCUUCCGAACGAGGGAGAGUGGCUCUUGGGCUUGAAUCCUGCUUCAUGGUUUCCCCACAUGUUCGGGGCAGCCACUGUGAGAUCAGGAGGCUGGGCUAGAUGGGCCAUUAGCCUGAUCCAGCAGACUGCUCUUAAGUUCUUGGGAUGUGGGGAGUCUGUUAGGGCUGGGGGCCACAGACCCCUGCUCCCUACCUACCCAACUCCGGCAAGCUUCUGGAGGAGGGACUGACGCCUCUCUUUUGUUAUUCCCACAAUCCUUACCGCAACCUCCUGCCCACACCCUGGCACCACAUAACUCCAGGUUCCAACGGCGAAGAUUUCGGCAUCCUGGAAUAUUGGGCGAGGCUUCGCUUUCCGAUCGAGCAGAUCCUGAGACUCCACCGGCAGCGAACCAAAGCCUUGGGCUACCUGUCUGCAGGGGUCCAGCACGCCAUGGUGGCCCAUCAGGGCUGGAGGCAGGAAGAGGAGAAGGUGAGGACAGCAGAGCGGGGGGAGCUGGUGUGUACAUUGCCAAAAAGCUCCAGUGUUCUAGUCCUCAUGAUGAUGGGCAAAACGGCAGUUAUGUAAAUAUUUAUUAAUCUGAGAUUGAGAGGAGAAGUGAUAACCAUCUUUAAAUAUCAGGUUUAUUUUCUUCUACCCAUCACUGAACAGCACCUUAAGCUUUGGAAAGGGGACUAAGGAAGCCAUUUUAAUGAACUUGUUACCAGUUCUUUGCAAGAAUCCCAGGCCAAACCGAAGAUCAAGGGACUGGAAACCAAGCUUCAUGAGGAAUGGUUGAGGGAACUGGGCAUGUUUAGCCUGGAAAAGAGGAGAUUGAGAGGGGAUAUGGUAGCCAUCUUCAAGUAUCUCACAGAGAGGAUGGAGUGAGCUUGCUUUCUCCUGCUCUGGAAGGUAGGAUUGAACCAAUGGCUUCAAGUUACAAGAAAGCAGAUUCCGACUAAACAUCAGGAAGAACUUUCUGACAGUGAGCUGUUUGACAGUGGAACAGACUCCCUGGGGAGGUUGUGGACUCUCCUUCCUUGGAGGUUUUUAAGCAGAGGUUGGAUGGCCGUCUGUUACAGAUGCUUUAGUUGAGAUUCCUGCAUUGCAGGAGGUUGGACUGGAUGACCCACCUCUACAAUUCUGUGAUUGUAAUAUCUGUUCCUCCAUCCUCACCAAAGGCUCAAGGUGGGUAGGGACGCUGAAGAAAUGAACCACAAUAAGUAGAUCCAAACACAUUGUGGGAGUCAUCUGAAGAGCCCCAGACUCCCUACCUUGCUUUUUCACUCUUCCAUCACCACCCUGAAACCUGAAGGAGCGUUGCCACCACCAUCGUUCUGCCCGGACACUGAGGUCCAGCACCGAGGGCCUUCUGGCGGUUCCUUCCAUGCGAGAAGUAAGGUUGCAGGGAACCAGGCAGAGGGCCUUCUCGGUAGUGGCACCCGCCCUGUGGAACGCCCUCCCACCAGAUGUCAAGGAAAUGAACAGCUAUCUGACUUUUAGAAGACUCCUGAAGGCAGUCCUGUAUCAGGAAAUUGUUAAUGUCUGGUGUUUUAUCGUGUUUUUAAUAUUCUGUUGGGAACUGCCCAGAGUGGCUGGGGACAACCCAGCCAGAUGGGUGGGGUAUGUAUGUAUGUAUGUAUGUAUGCAUGUAUGUAUAAAUUAUUUAAUAAUAAUAAUAAUAAUUAAUUACCCUGCCCUCUUCCCCCCCCCCCAACAGGCCCUGGGAGCAGGCUGGAACGAGGUUUGUGUGCAGAUCGAAAGCUGCUCCAGCUUGCGCAGUCGCUGGUUGGGCUCUCAGCCCAGCCCCUACGCCAUGUACCGCUUCUUCACCUUCCCGGACCACGACACCAUCACCAUCCCUUCAAGCAACAACCCCCACUUUGGGGACGCCCAGAACUUUGCUCUGCGCAUCAGUCCUGAGCUGCACCAUUACUUGCUCCGAGACAGCCUGCAGGUUUAUGUGUUCGACGACGAAGACGAGGAAGCAGGCAGCUACCUGGGAAAGGCCCAGAUCCCACUGGUGCCCCUGGCACAAGGGCGCAGCGUCGCAGGUGAGAUGGGCAUAUCUCGGGGUGGAGGGAUUUAUCUCGGGCUGCAGGCGCUCAAUACAUUUAAGGCCUGUUUCAAGCAUGUGACUUCCUCACAAAGAAGUAUUGAAACUGUAGUUUUCCCUUCACAGAGCUGCAAUCCCUAACACCCUUAGCAAACUGCAGUUCACAUGAUUCUUUGGGGGAAAGUUGUGUGCUUUAAAUGAACUUUCUGUGUAUGAUGUGGAUGCAGCCACAGUUUCUCAUUUCACAAAAAUAUUAUAUAAAUAAAUAAAUAAAUAAAAGUGGGGCUCAACUCAUACUUUUCAAAAGAUUUUAUUUAUGCUUUUCAAGUUUAUACAUUUCAUUAGCUUUACAAUCAAUUUAACAUUUCAAAAUUUGACUUCCCCCUCUUUCUGCAGUUCCUUAAUUUUUUUUAAAAAAGAUAUCUUCUGCAUAUCCAAAUUCAUUUAACUUGCUCAUUUAAUUAUCUACUGUAAAUAUAUACUCUUUUGAAACGGCAGGUUAUUACAAUAAUCCUGCUAAUGUUUUUAUCUGUUUACAUUUUUGCAAGGAAUUCCCCCCGAUAUAAUGCAUUUCUGUAUGUCAUUUUCACUACGAUGAGCAUCUUUCUACACAUUUUUUUUUUGGCUGCUGUAGUGGUUUUAGAGUGUUGAAUUAGGACUUGGAAGACCUGUGUUCAAAUCUACACUCAGCCAUGAAGCUCACUGUGUGACUUCAGCCAGUCUCUAUCUCUCAGCCUAAUCGACCUCACAGGGUUGCUGGGAGGAUAAAACAAGGAGGAAGGGAAAUCAUGUAUGCCACCCUCAGCUCCUUAAAGGAAAGGUGGGAGGGGGUUUUCAGUAGGUAAAUAAAUAAAUCGGCUGUAUUGUGGAAACUGCACAUUUUAAAGUCAUCGGUGUCAAACCUGCGUUGCAUCAUCGUUCAGUGUGACAAAAUCAUUUCAGCUGAGACCCAAACACAAACCACCUGUGUCGACUCAUCCUCCCUCCUGCAGGAGAUUUUGUCCUUAUGGAUCCAGCAGGGAAACCCAAUGGCUCCAUCUGUCUACGUCUGGAGUGGAAGCUCCUUUACAUGCCCCCGGAGGACUUCCGCCAUCAGGCGUCCGCCGACUGGGAGCAACAGCGGCGGUCUUUAGAGCUGCAGAUUGAGGAAGAGAAAGCCGAGCUGCGAAGCCGGGUAUGUAAAGUCAGUGUCAAGGGUCGGACUUGGCUGCCACGCUUUGCAGCCCCCUUGGCUGUCGCAGAGCAAGCGGGCCAGUAAACCACACAGUCCGAAAAUAGAGUUAACUCUCGAUUAGCAAAAACCCGGUCUCCACCGACGUGGCUGAGUGUCAGGCCUAGUGAGAUCAGUUGAGGACAAUAAAGGUCCCCACAGCUGUCUACGUCUUCUCCACUGUAGGGCUUUUCCUGUCUAAAGUCUGUUUUGGUGGCCUAAUCUGGCCUCCCGGCUGGUUUAAUCCGUCCCCUGUGGCAGUUUAUUUCUUGGGGUCAAGAAAUCCUAAAGAAAGCUCAACCACUUUGGCUGGCCCUCAUGAAAGUUCACUUCAUCAAAUCUGGCCCUCUUUGAAAAAAGUUUGGGCACCCCUGUCCUAAGCAAUCGGAGACGGUGUCUGUAUGCAGCCAGUCUCCCCUCCGCUCUCUUCAUGCCUCUCCUGGUUCUAGGAAAUUGGAAAAGGGGAGCUUGUUGCAGAAGGAAGGGGAGACACCCAUGCCUCUUCACCAGCCAGGCUCAUCCCUGCUUCUUGGCCUCCCUCCUUCCCUACUUUAGCUUUUGCCUCUGAUUUUGAACUUCCCUCUGACAUAGACUCUCCCCAGAACUCACUACGCCCUGUUAUCUCUUCAGCUUCUGAUGCUUCUUCCCAGCUUUUUCUCUUUGACCACUCUUUGUCGUCCUACCACCAAUCCCCUGGGUCUGAGCCGUCUUCCCUUGGGGGUUCAUCAGCUGGUUCCUCCCAGCGUUCCUCUGCGUCCAACUACAGCAGAUAGGUGGACCCAACUACUUCUAAUUUUGUCCUCACCUGCCUCCCUGCUGAGUUCCACAAGGGCAGCACUGAGACUAAGGAAGAGUAGGCUUUAUAGCCAGGGCCAUAAAUAGCUGGUUAUAAGGCAGGCAGAGGGAUCUGGCUGAGGGCAGACUAAGGUUGAUGGGCCAGCACCCUAAUGGAUAAGAUUCUGCUGCUUAAGGAUCUUUGUAGCGGUCUCACCCUGGUUGGGCCAUAAGUGUUCAUCUUCAGGCGUAGGCAAACUCCAGCCCUCCAGAUGUUUGGGACUACAGUUCCCAUCAUCCCUGACCACUGGUCCUGUUAGCUAGGGAUGAUGGGAAUUGUAGUCCCAAACAUCUGAAGGGCAUGAGUUUGCCUAUGCCUGAUACAGCAAGGAAGAGGCUGUGUCAAGGCUUGAGGCUGCACCAGCCAAGUGGAAAUACCCUUACAAUCUCAGUUCCUUUUAACAAAACAAACUUAUGAAAAGGCUUCCCACUGUCCUUUCUACUUCUGCCAUUCAGGCUUUGCAAGUCAUUUAUUGUGUCAGGAUGGCCGAGCGGUCUAAGGCGCUGCAUUCAAGCCGCAGUCUCCUCUGGAGGCGUGGGUUCGAAUCCCACUCCUGGCAAAUAAUUGUUUGUUUUCAAAUUUUCCACACAUACAAGAAGAAAGGAAAAACAUCAAAAAUAAAAGAUGAGCUUAUCUAACAUUGUAUAUUCUUAGACUGGCAUAAUUAUUACAGUGUACAUAAUAAAAUUGUUGUGAAAUCUAAGAUAACUAUAUAAAUACAAAUAUGUAAAUAUGAUAACGUUACCAAGCAUAAACGAAAAUGAUAGGGAGAGAAAGAAAAGAUGAAAGGAAAAAAGAGAAAGAGAAAAGAAAGGAAAAAAAGAAAACAGUAAAACCAAAAAACUAUUAAAAAAUAAGAGGGCUAGAAAUCUACUGGGGUCUCGUCUCCCUGCACAGGCCUUCAGCUCAGUGGCAGAGCCCUCGGUAUUUGGAAAAGACUCCCAAAGCAUAUGUCUUCACUGCCAAGCCAAAAAAUAAAGUGGAACAUAAAACAGUGGCAUGAAAAGUUACAGGGUUUCCCUGCAGGAACCUACAGGGCAUGCACUGAUUAGAAACGAAGCAGUACGUCCACCUUGAACCGUUUGCAGGUAGGAACAGUACUUUUGAGUGGAAACCUGAUACCAUCAUGUGCAGAAAUAAUCGCGAAUGCACAAUGAAAAGGAUGCCUGGAGAGGACCACGGACUGGCAGUGACUCUCCAGAGCUUCAAACGAAACCUUUUCAUAGCCCUAAUUGCUGGGGAUUACAGCUGGCGACACCCAUCUCCUGCCAACAGUGUUUUGGUUUUUUAAAAAUUAAAUAAAACCCUGCAAGACGAGUGCUGGGAAAACUGUGUACUCAUUGGCACUAUACAUUUAAAGCCCUCUUUUGCCACUUUCAAUGCUCCUGGCUUCCCUCAAAGGAUUCUGGGAGCUGUAGUUUAAGGGUGCCAAUAGAUGUUAGGACACCCCCACCACCAGUCCCCUCACAGAGCUGCAAUACCCAUAGUCGUUAAACAGUCAAACCUGCUCCCUUUCCUGCAACCUCAAAAUCUACCACCUGAGUGGAUCCAUUGCACUUCCUUCCCUAAUGGUAGGGCCUGCCCUGGCAGUGGAGAGAGAACGCCAAGCUGACCACUGGCUUUUCUCUCUUUUUUUAACAAAAAAACCCAGACAAUAAUUACAGAUCUCUUGUGUGUCGUUGUUGCAGUAGAUGAGUGGAAAGGAGCAGUAAGCGUUAAAAUCAGACAAACAUUUUAAGUAAAACAACAACUUGGAUGAUGGAGGGCAUCCUGAUCAAAUUUGCAGAUGACACCAAACUGGGAGGGGUGGCUAACACCCCAGAGGACAGGAUCACACUUCAAAACGACCUUGACAGAUUAGAGAACUGGGCCAAAACAAACAAGAUGAAUUUUAACAGGGAGAAAUGUAAAGUAUUGCACUUGGGCAAAAAAAUGAGAGGCACAAAUACAAGAUGGGUGACACCUGGCUUGAGAGCAGUACAUGUGAAAAGGAUCUAGGAGUCUUGGUUGACCACAAACUUGACAUGAGCCAACAAUGUGACGCGGCAGCUUAAAAAGCCAAUGCAAUUCUGAGCUGCAUCAAUAGGAGUAUAGCAUCUAGAUCAAGGGAAGUAAUAGUGCCACUGUAUUCUGCUCUGGUCAGACCUCACCUGGAGUACUGUGUCCAGUUCUGGGCACCACAGUUCAAGAAGGACACUGACAAACUGGAACGUGUCCGGAGGAGGGCAACCAAAAUGGUCAAAGGCCUGGAAACGAUGCCUUAUGAGGAACGGCUAAGGAAGCUGGGCAUGUUUAGCCUGGAGAAGAGGAGGUUAAGGGGUGAUAUGAUAGCCAUGUUCAAAUAUAUAAAAGGAUGUCACAUAGAGGAGGGAGAAAGGUUGUUUUCUGCUGCUCCAGAGAAGCGGACACGGAGCAAUGGAUCCACCUAAACAUUAGGAAGAACUUCCUGACAGUAAGAGCUGUUUGACAGUGGAAUUUGCUGCCAAGGAGUGUGGUGGAGUCUCCUUCUUUGGAGGUCUUUAAGCAGAGGCUUGACAACCAUAUGUCAGGAGUGCUCUGAUGGUGUUUCCUGCUUGGCAGGGGGUUGGACUCGAUGGCCCUUGUGGUCUCUUCCAACUCUAUGAUUCUAUGAUUCUAUUCUAUGAUUCUAACUUUCUGAUACGGCCCCUCCACAAAACCCAGGAUGGGCAGUUGGAGAUCAUGAACUCUUCGAGAUAACUAUUUAUGAAAGUUAAGAAUGGAAACCAGAGGGUACCAGAUGACUUAGUUAUAGGCUGGUCCCUCACUUACUUCUGGCUUCUCUUAUGCCCGUUCAGGUCUCCCGAGAAAGUGGUAGUGAGCGUCUGCCUUCCAGUCUCCAAAGGAAAAAGCCACGUCUCUGUACGUCCGAGGCGGAGAAACGCAUUCGGAAACAUGCCAGGCCAGAAAAUGGAGCCAUCCAGCAGGUGAGAGAUGAAGACUUUGGCCCCGAGUACACUAUACAUUUAAAGCACUCUUAUACCACUUCAAACAGCCAUGGCUUUCUCCCAAAGGAUUCUGGGAGCUGUUGUUUGCUAAAGGUACUGAAAAUUCUUGUUGUUGUUUAGUCGUUUAGUCGUGUCCAACUCUUCGUGACCCCAUGGACCAGAGCAUGCCAGGCACUCCUGUCUUCCACUGCCUCCCGCAGUUUGGUCAGACUCAUGCUGGUAGCUUCGAGAACACUGUCGAACCACCUCAUCCUCUGUCAUCCCCUUCUCCUUGUGCCCUCCAUCUUUCCCAACAUCAGGGUCUUUUCCAGGGAGUCUCCUCUUCUCAUGAGGUGGCCAAAGUAUUGGAGCCUCAGCUUCACGAUCUGUCUUUCCAGUGAUCGCUCAGGGCUGAUUUCCUUAAGAAUGGAUCGGUUUGAUCUUCUUGCAGUCCAUGGGACUCUCAAGAGUCUCCUCCAGCACCAUAAUUCAAAAGCAUCAAUUCUUCGGCGAUCAGCCUUCUUUAUGGUUCAGCUCUCACUUCCAUACAUCACUACUGGGAAAACCAUAGCUUUAACUAUACGGACCUUUGUCGGCAAUGUGAUGUCUCUGCUUUUUAAGAUGCUGUCCAGGUUUGUCAUCACUUUUCUCCCAAGAGGCAGGUGUCGUUUAAUUUUGUGACUGCUGUCACCAUCUGCAGUGAUCAUGGAGCCCAAGAAAGUAAAAUCUCUCACUGCCUCCAUUUCUUCCCCUUCUAUUUACCAGGAGGUGAUGGGACCAGUGGCCAUGAUCUUGGUUUUUUUGAUGUUGAGCUUCAGACCAUAUUUUGCGCUCUCCUCUUUCACCCUCAUUAAGAGGUUCUUUAAUUCCUUCUCACUUUCUGCCAUCAAAGUUGUGUCAUCUGCAUAUCUGAGGUUGUUGAUAUUUCUUCCAGCAAUCUUAAUUCCGGCUUGGGAUUCAUCCAGUCCAGCCUUUUGUAUGAUGAAUUCUGCAUAUAAGUUAAAUAAACAGGGAGACAAUGUACAGCCUUGUCGUACUCUUUUCGAACCAAUUAGUUGUUCCAUAUCCAGUUCUAACUGUAGCUUCUUGUCCCACAUAGAGAUUUCUCAGGAUACAGAUGAGAUGAUCAGGCACUCCCAUUUCUUUAAGAACUUGCCAUAGUUUGCUGUGGUCGACACAAUCAAAGGCUUUUGCGUAGUCAAUGAAACAGAAGUAGAUGUUUUUCUGGAACUCUCCAGCUUUUUCCAUAAUCCAGUGCAUGUCUGCAAUUUGGUCUCUGGUUCCUCUGCCUCUUCUAAAUCCAGCUUGCACUUCUGGGAGUUCUCGGUCCACAUACUGCUUAAACCUGCCUUGUAGAAUUUUAAGUAUAACCUUGCUAGCGUGUGAAAUGAGCGCAAUUGUGCAGUAGUUGGAGCAUUCUUUGGCACUGCCCUUCCCCUCUUCCUCUUGGGGCACUACAAUGCCCAGAGUGGUUUUAAAAAUCAAUCCCCCUUCCCUUUGCUGAUGGUCACGUGUAUAGCUUUGUUGUUUUUAUAGUUUUUUGAUGUGCAUGGUGCUUAAAGUGCAAGAGAACAAGUUCCUUGCCCUUGCAAUCCAUAAGGUCUCAUACACACUUCCACAUUUAGAAGAAGCUAAAUUAUGGAGAAUGUUCAGACCCUCCAUAUGAAAGCAGAUUUGUAUACUUGCUUAUUUAACACCAGUGUUUCUGUUAGAAGUCAGAGGAGAAGCCCGGUUGCUGUGCUCUUCCCAGACCCUGACCUCGGUGGGGCUUGUGUCUGCGCAGGUGGCCCUGGAAGGAGUACGAGAGGAAGAGGAGCACAAGGCGGCGGCAGCGGAAGAAGAGAUGACAACCGCAAGUCGCCAGGAAUCGGAAGGGAAAUCAAGCCCACCGGCUGAAGCAGCCAUGCUGAGUGACAAUGGUACUUUCACGGAAAGCUUACAAUCAGUAGCUCUCCACUUGCUGCUGGACUCCAACUCCCAUCAGCCCCAGCCAGCAUGGCCAAUGGUCAGGGAUGAUGGGAGAUGGAGUCUAGUAACAGCUGGAAGAUGCAACAUUGGCUCUUUCUGUUAUCGGUGAUGUCAGGCUACUGUUGCCCCUGGAGCAAUGAAACAAAAUACGAGGUGCGACCAGAAAGUUCAGUGAAUGGUCACAGAAAUCAGACAGCAAGAAAUAUUGGAACAUACAAUCGGCACUGGUAACCCACAAAAUGCUCACAGUUGUGUACGGAGAUGAAGCUGCAACUUGACAGACAAUGUAUGACUGGUUUAAGUGUUUCUGCGAAGGGUAGCAAACCGUCAGUGAUGGCCCUCAAUCUGGCAGACCGUCGAGAAUGGCAGCAAAUGUCGGCAGAGUUUGUGAGUUAUUGAUGUGGAAUCGCCGUUUGUCUGUCUGAAUGAUGGUGGAAGAAUUGCAUAUUCCGUGUGAAAUAUUGUCCCAAUCUGGCCCCACCGGAUUUCUUUCUUUUUCCAAAACUGAAAUCUGCACUGAAAGGGCAUAGAUUUUCCAACAUUUCACACGUCCAAGCUGCUGUGACGAGGGAACUGAAAGCAGUCCGAAAAGAGGACUUCUUCAGAAGUUUCCAACAGUUCUCUGAAUAUUGUCAACAGUGCCUUGUAUCAGAGGGGGCCUACUUUGAAGGCCUGCAAGGCAUGUAUGUUAGAAUAUUUCUCGCUGUCUGAUUUCUGUGACCAUUCAACUGAAGUUUCCAGUCACACCUUGUAAAUAUUAGAACCAAGUCUAAGAUCAGUUGUGGCAUAAGCUUUCCUGGACUAGGUCUCGUUUUGCCACAUAGCAGGGCAGUGAGAUUGUAACAGGAGUGGGGAAUAAAUAAGGAGGCUGUCUCUUACGUAGCUGUCUCUUGAAUCUUGCCUCUAGCCUCAGAGAGACCAGAUACUUCCAGUGAAGCCCAGACCACAGAGAGCGAUGAAGUGGUGGUGCAAUCUUCCGGGCUCCAGGAGUCUCUGGGACCGGUGGGUACUGCAUUUUCUAAGCUAGUAGGGCGCGUGUUGAAAACAUUGACCAAAUACAAUUUGUGGUGGGCUUAUUCAAUGCUGUAUGUAGUACAUGGCGCUGUGGGUUAAACCACAGACCCUAGGACUUGCCGAUCAGAAGGUCAGUGGUUCGAAUCCCCGCAAUGGGGUGAGCUCCCGUUGCUCGAUCCCUGCUCCUGCCAACCUAGCAGUUCGAAAACAUGUCAAAGUGCAAGUAGAUAAAUAGGUACUGCUCCGGCGGGAAGGUAAACGGCAUUUCCAUGCGCUGCUCUGGUUCACCAGAAGUGGCUUAGUCAUGCUGGCUCCCUCAGCCAAGAAAGCGAGAUGAGCGCCGCAACCCCAGAGUCGGCCACGACUGGACCUAAUGGUCAGGGGUCCCUUUACCUAUUCAAUGCUGUAUGUAGUACAUGGGUCAUGAUGUGCCAAGGGGGUCGUCCCUGGGCCCCACAGGGUCUCAUGCCAACUGCUGGAAUGAGGCAUGACAGAAGUCUUAUUUCGCCAAUAGAUAAUACAUUUUUUACACCUUAAUUACAGUGCGGGAACGAUUGCAUUUUGACAUCGGGUGAUAGGUAGGUGGAGUCACACAUCUGAUAAACAUAGCCAUGUGGAUGUAAAGAUAUGGAUCUGACCCACCCGCCUUCCUGAUCCAGUUCCCCAUCUCUCUCUUCUCAGUGAGCAUCAUUCUACUCAACUGAUUUGCCUCUUGGUAAGCAAAGGUUUUUGCAAAGGUUUUAUUUCAUUCCUAUUCCUCUCCCAACUUACCCGGCAGCCUUCAGACAGGAUCCGCGUGGAGGUCAUCUCCCUGAGCCUCCACCCAGACAGCCCACCCAUUGCUGAUGAGAACAUCCAGCAGCUGUACGUGGAGUAUCGCUUCCCUGGCCUGCUGCUGGAGGAAACCGAGACCCCCUUCUCUUUGCGGAAGCCCCAAGGAAACCAGGAAAUCUACUUCCACUUCAGCAAAGGUGAGGAGGCGUGUGUCUGGUUCCCUUGAUGCAGAAGGAAACCCAUAAACUUGUAAGAGUUGGUAUGGUCUACAAGGCUUCCUGCUAUAUUGCCAAACUUACAUGCCUCUAGGCCAGGGUGAGGAAUUUCAAGCCUGGGGGCCAAAUGUAAACCCCCCCUCCAAGCCACACCCCUUGCUGCCUCUGACUUCGCAAUUCUCCUUGAGUAUUUUUGCCUGGCUGGAAUAUGCCCUUGAACUCCCAGGCUUCUUAUCUGCCGGGCUGGAGUUGAGAGAGAAGUGUGCAACUCCUGUAGCAAAUGUAAAAAAAAAAAAUCACACCUCUUGCUCCACCCACUUUUGUAUGUAGCCCCGCCCAGGAGUGGAUGUUGCCCUCGGGCAGAGAAAGGGUCUAUACCAGUGUUUCCCAAACCUGGGCCUCCAGCUGUUUUUGGACUACAACUCCCAUCAUCCCUAGCCAGCAGGACCAGUGGUCAGGGAAGAUGGGGAUUGUAGUCCAAACACAGCUGUAGACCCAAGUUUGGGAAACACUCAUCUAGUAGCGUGGAACAUUUUACAAAAGACCAUUGAGGGCCACACUCCAUCCUAGAUGAACUCUUGGGGGCCACAUUAUUAUUAUUAAAUUUGUAUUCCACCCUAUACCCAUAGAUCUUAGGGGGGUUCACAACGCACAGCAGCCCCCAUUUCUUCUCCCACCCCCACCACAUGAAAUUCAGCUGCCCAAUCCUUCUCUAGGUCCUACCACCUGUUUAUAUCAGAACCUAGUUCCCUCUACUGCUUUCGGAUACAAUGCUCAAUAGCACCAUCUAGUGUGCAUCUGAAUUUAUGCACUACCCUUACUCCCAAGAGUGGGGUGCACAAUUCCCUUCCACCACCAAAACCUACCCAAUUUUAUCCCACCGUAAAAAUGACCCCGUGAGGUGUGUUAGACUGCAAAAGAGACCUGCAGAAGGCUACUUUUCUGUGGCCGUUUUAGAACUCGCCUCCCAGCCCACCCCAGAUGCAGCCAUUAUCCCAUGCCAGGUCUCACCAACAAAACCACUCUAAGCUGCCUCCCCAGAUUCAAAGGCCAGCAUCUCCAAUCUUCAUUUCCAUUCUUGCAGAUGGUUACACCAUUGCACAACUUACGGGGAUGGGGCAAGAGUCAGCUAGAAUGUGUUAUAAGCCACUGGCCGCCCUCCUAAAUUUCUCCCCCUGGACCAGUUUGAGGAACCCAUGUUCCACAAGGCCUGUUUUCCAGGCAUAAGGCAGGAUUGAGACCACAGGAUGAAGAAUUUUAAGCCACAGAGCCUAGGACUUGCCAAUCAGAAGGUCGGCGGUUCGAAUCCCCGCAAUGGGGUGAGGUCCCAUUGCUCGGUCCCUGCUCCUGCCAACCUAGCAGUUUGAAAGCACAUCAAAGUGCAAGUAGAUAAAUAGGUACCGCUCUGGCGGGAAGGUAAAUGGCGUUUCCGUGCGCUGCUCUGGUUCUCCAGAAGCGGCUUAGUCAUGCUGGCCACAUGACCCGGAAGCUGUAUGCCGUCUCCCUCGGCCAAGAAAGCGAGAUGAGCGCCGCAACCCCAGAGUCGGCCACGACUGGACCUAAUGGUCAGUGGUCCUUUAUAGCAAAGGACUAAUUCCACUGUGGACCUCUCGUUCUGGAGAAGGUGUAUUUUAGUAUCGACAGCAUGGUUUUUGUCGAACGCGUCUGCUUUUAUCUGUCUCCUUGCACUCAACAUGCCAAGUGCUGUAUCACAGAGAGCAGCAGCGGCUCCAGUAAAUGUCUUCUUGAAUAUUCUACUGCAGUGAUCAAAGUGGACCCAGACCCAGAGAGCCUUCAGAGGCAGCUGCUCUUUUCUAUGCUGGAGGCAGAGGAGCCCCAGCAUAAUUGGUGAGUAUCGUGUUUCCCUUCCCCUGAAACCCCAGGCGAAAAAAGAAUGAAUGAUCCCAGUGCCUGUAUUCAUGGAGCCCUCUUCCUUGACAUAGGCUGCAAUUUGCAGUGGUGAGCGAACCACUGCCAGGGACCGGAGGAGAAUGCGAAGACGUCGGCUUUGCCUACUUGGACUUGCGGGAGAUUCUUCUGACAGGUAGCGAUUUGCUGGAGCGAGAACUUGACGGUAAGAAGCUGGCGACUCGUGACAAAACUGAAGCCGUGUCAGAAGUAGCCUUCAGAGCCCUUCCAAGUGAUGUCUGACUACAACUCCCAUCAGCACUAGCCACGGAUGCUGGGAGUUGCAUCCCGACAUCUGGAGGGCACCAGGUUUGGGGAAGGCUGGUCUACAGCUAUGCCAGCUUGCUAUGCCACUUGUUCUGGACCCACCAUUUCAAACCAGCCCUAAUAGCUGUAAUGACAAUCUCCUUUGGUUGCUGCAUUUUAUCGACAGUGGAUUGUGCAAUAUUUAAAAACCAGCAUUUGCAAAUCUCCAAAUGGGUCCGAACUUCAAUGUCUAAAACUCCUGGUAGAGGACAAGGAUCUAGAGAUCACGCUAAGGGUGGCCAAAUUCUGUGCGACUGCCAUAAAACUUAGGGAACAAGCUGUUCUACCAAAAUUAUUAAGGUUUUAAACGACAAUUUAAAGUGAUCAAGAUUUAAUAUACAGUGGUACCUCGGGUUAAGUACUUAAUUCGUUCCAGAGGUCCGUUCUUAACCUAAAACUGUUCUUAACCUGAAGCACCACUUUAGCUAAUGGGGCCUCCCGCUGCUGCCGCACUGCCAGAGCACGAUUUCUGUUCUCCUCCUGAAGCAAAGUUCUUUACCCAAGGUACUAUUUCUGGGUUAGCGGAGUCUGUAACCUGAAGCGUCUGUAACCCGAGGUAUCACUGUAUAUUUUUAACUGCCGCUAUAUCUGUAUUAUCUCUGUUAUACCCAAUUGCAAUUCAAUGUAUUCCUGUUGUGUUUUAUGAUUUUCCUGAUAUUGUAAGUGAGCCGGAACAGGUCUGUGACCGUAAUAAUAAAAUUCAAAUUCACCAGCAUUUGCAGGUUCCCUCAUGCACCCAUAAUAGGAGUGGGUGCUAGAAUCCUAGUCCUUGUAAAUGAAGACUGAGAUUCUCGUGCUUUCUUCAGUAAUAACAGACUUGGUUCCACAUCUCUUGCACAAAAAAAACUAUUUUAACCUUGUCAUUCUAGUUAUCAGUCCUUUUGAUCCCGAUGCCAACAUUGGGAAGCUGAAAGUGUCCAUGGAAGCAGCUUCUGCCCUGAGAGCCAUUUACUGGGCAGGCAAAAGGAAGAGCAGUGAGGAAUGAUAAGCUGAACGGGUGAAGACUACAGAAACUUAACAGGAUUCCAUGACCGAAAAGAUGCUUUGGGGCGUUUGACAGAAGACAAGGACGAAGCCAACAAAUAAACUUUCCAAAUACUUAAAAAAACAUUUUUAUUGAUCAGUUUUUUUCCAAAGUCAAAAAUACCGAGAGUGCUAACUGCUACGGGAUGGAGGGGGUUGGGGAGAAAGGAAUUUUGAAAAAGCCUUUCCCUGCCCUCCCAUGGGUGGAUCAUUGACUCCCUCCCUUCCCCACAGGAGAGAAGGGAGGCAGAGGGCAGA